AACCCAACAAAGACAAACAUUUCCAACAAUUAAAGUGAUUAUAUUAACAAUUAAUUUUUGUUAUCGUUUACCCUUUUACUUGUUCACGUUUACAAGGAUCUUUUAAUUGAUUUUAAAAUUAAAAAUCAUGACUUGAUUUUAUAUAUAUAUAUUCCUGGUAUUUCUGUCGAUUAUUAAAUUUUGUUAGAUUUUAAUUCAAAGGAUUUAAAGUGUCAUAUUUUAUUUGUUUAUAAAUUAGUUCAAGAUAUUUACAGAAAAUAACAUUAUUCAAACUUCAACACCAAAAUAACAAGAAUGAUUUUUUGAUGGAAAAAGAUGAAAAAAAAUACUACCUAACCUAUAUUUGAAUUCACAAGAGCGAAUUUUUUUGAUUGACAUAUUCUAUAAUAGUUAUUUAUAAUUAUUUCAUUAAAAUGUCGAAUACACAAAUUUGUGAAGUUUGUAGAAGCACAAAUUUCGAAAUUAUCGACGGAAACUUCUUUUGUACUCAGUGUUUCACUCAAAAUGAUAAUAUUCAAGAGAAUGUACGAGAGACUAGAAUUGAUCCAACAACACGUAUAAGAUCCAUAGGAAGAAUAAAAGCAAAAAAAGCUGAUAAACCAAUUGAAGGAUGGACGUCAUGGGAAUUGUACAACUUCGUUAUUUAUGGACUAACUAAUGAAGCUAUUGAACUUGGAGCUCCAUCAACAAUAAAACUGACUGUAUUACAAUUGUGGACGGCUUAUUUAAGAAAAUUAGAAGUUGCAUUUACUUCCAAGAAAAAGAAAAAUGUUCCGAAAUUAGCAAAAAUUUUCAACAAAAGAGAUGCGGAAAUAAUUUACGGGAAAAUUGAGCAACGAAAGAAACGAAAGAGAAGAAAAAAUGGUAGUAGUGCUACGUCAAUGGUUUCUAGUUUUCAAAGCUCAGGAAGCACUUCACAUAGAGCAUCAAAAAAAUCUUUGGAAAUUUCUUUAGCAGAGGAAUACGAAAAAGCAAGUUCAGCAAACGAUUCAAUGAGUUCAUUUUCAGCAAAUCAAAGUUUAGUCAGCUUGCAAUCAAGUUUUAGUCAACGUUCUUCUAACAAAAGCAAAUUAAAAUUUAAUAAAGGAGCUAGAGCGGAAGCGAGAAAAAUAAAAGUAUUAUCGUCGAAAGUCUCCUAUUCACGUCGUCGAAAAUCGAGAAAAGGACAAGUAACGACGCGUUAUAAACUUGGACCGCAAGUAAUCACAGCAACAAAAUUAUGGGCAAUUCUUCAUCUUGCAUUCAGAAUACAUGGUGUCAAUAUUCAUCUCUCCGAUAUGCUUCGAUACGGCAAAGAAGGACAUUUGUCGUAUUAUAAAAUGGAUCAUUUGAUUCCCCAGGAAGUUUCCUUAAGCAAAGAGAAUGUUUCAAUGUUAACGCCAAUAAAUGAAUUGACCCACAAAGGUCUUCGUGAAUUGUCAGCUGGGAUUGCAAAUUUUUUGGACGUCACUUUCGACACUCCAAAUUUUCUAUCUCUUGCUGAAAAUUACUGUUUGGAACUACAACUUCCAAGGGGAAUUUUGCUGUAUACAGAAAGACUGUUGGCAUUGUGCUCACCAAAGAUGAUUUUUCAUGGACAAACGUUUAUGCCUAAUUAUGAAGGCAGAGUAAUGGCUUUUAUUAUAGUCGUAAUGAAAAUAUUAUUUGGUAUGGAUGGAAUAACCGAGUACGAAAUCAGUCGAGUUGCCGAAAAGAUAAACAUGCAAGCUACUGAGAGGGAUGUUCUUCUAUCGAAACUAUUUAGUUUCAAUGAAUGGCAACGUUUUAUUGAAUGUCGCAAAGCCGUUUUAUCCGAAGUUCAUUUUCCAAGUAAUCGCAAGUACAAUCCCGAAGCACCAGGAAAUAGUCAUUUGUUUCUAAGAUUUUUGGGUCUAAUACAAUCGAAAAGGGAGGGCGAACAAACGCCAAUUGUAAAUACAGUGAAGCCAAUUCCAGAACUCCUGCGAAAGGGUUUUCAAUCGUGUUUCGAUACUUUAAACGAAAACCUUCCGCCGAUGAAGGAAAUCGCCAUAUUCCCAGCAUCAUUGACGCCACAAUAUUCCUACAUUCAACAACUUUUGGAUGAUCCCUACAAUGAUUUGCCCGCGAUUCUCAAAAUUAAUUUCUACGACACAAAAGUCGGUUACACAACAAAACCAGAUUUAUUAGAGCAACUGGCAAGUCAAUGUGAUAUCGAGCUAAAGAUUAUCGACACAAAUUUGCAUUUUGUCGAGAAACAAGUUUCCGAAUACAACGAUCGACUAGUAUUGAGUAAAGAAAGUUUAUCCGAAACUGUUUUAAUCAAAGAUCCAAAAAAUGAUAAAAUCAAGAGUGAAAGUUUGUUUGAUUAUUUGCACAGAAAAGUUGACAGUAAUGUUUCGGUGAAUCAUACGAAAAAGAAAUAUUACGAUACCAUGAAAUUUUCAUCAAAUAUGGAAUUAGAGUCAAAUGAUGAAUUCAAUUUUGAUCAAGUUGAACACGAUGGAAAACUAUUGAUUCAAAUUGACAGUGAUUCGGACAAUGAGGAAUUAAACAAAUUCGUAAGUGAAAUUGAUCUAACGUCCAGUGAUAAUAUAGCUGAAAAGGAAUUUCGUAAAGCGUACAAUUUAACACUAUCAAAGCACGAGGAGAAAGCAACUUUUGAAUCGAAAACAAUUUUGAGCAAACGACGUCAAGUUGAAAAAAUUUAUCAUCGAAAUGAGAGAGGAAGAUUCACCAAAAUUGAAGAAAAGAUGGGUGAAAUUAAAGAAGAAGAAGAAGAAGCAAGUGGCAGUAAUGAAAAUGAAUUGACAGAUGAUCCGGAAAUUUUAAAUUUGAAGGAUUUUAUCAAGAAUCGAAAUGUUAAAAAUCGUUGCGUUAGUUUUCGACCCUAUAAAGACUAUUGGAUGUAUAAUUGUCUAUUCAGUCGGAUGAGAUUAAACAAUUUUGAAUUAUUCGAAAAAGAAUUGCCAAUCAGUUUUCGUUGGCUGUUGCGCGUAUGUGCCGACACUAUUGAAAUGUCAGAACUCGAUUUAUAUGAAGAAGUUUGCCUAGUCGAAGCUUAUUGUACACAUAUUUUAAAUUCAAAUAACGAAAAAGGAGAUUCACAAAAUACUGUAAACAAAAAAUAUCUUAACUCAGUUUUACAAAAAUGGUAAAGAACUCAAGUUUCCAAGUCCAACUUAAACUUAAGGUUCAAAAUUUCUUUACAUUAAAGUUUAAAACUGUUGGAUUCCAUUUUUUAACUCGUACCUAAUUUUCAUCGAAUGAAAUUAUAAACCGUUUUUUAAAUAAAUGUAAAAAUGUUUAAAAAUAUAAUUUUUCAAAGAAAAAAUAGA